AUGGAAAUCAAUUUGUCCUCUUCUUCAACUUCAACUUCAAAUAACGAUGAACAAUUUUUGGCAACUAAAAUUGUGAGUAACACAUUAUUUUUAGAAUCAAUCAAUAUUUCAAAAAUAUAUAUUUAGUUUGAUCAAAUAACAUGUCAUUUUCGUGAAAAUAUGAUUCUGAAAACGAACCAGAAAAAUCUUGUGCGAAAAUCGAUAAAGAAUAGUUUCUACGGUCGAGAUGCCAUUGAUUUUCUGAUGAUCGAAAUUCGAAAACUUAUUCCAAGUCGAAAUAUAACUCGAGAAAAUGUGACGAAUUUGAUGAAAAUGAUGUAUGAAUGGGAAAUUAUUGAUGAUCCAUAUUCGAAAAAACAUUCAGAGUUUCAAGAGAAUAAAAUAUAUAUUUUUGCGAAAAGUUUGGAAGAGUUGAAGGAACCAAGAGCAAAUUCGAGAAGAAGUAUUUCAUUUAGUGGAUUACCUAAAACUGCAAGGUUAGCAUUUUAGACAUUGAGGUGAUUCAGGAAGUAUGGAAACUAUUAGAUAAAAAAUUUCGAUGUAAAUUUUGAAAGUCGAAAACCCAAGUCUCUACCGAAAAUUACUGUACACAUAAAUAUUUUGUAGAAGUGCAAGUGUUGCUGAAGAGAUUUUCAAUAGUUCUCGUUGGCGAAGUCGAAGACUUUCAAGAUCAAAUAUCAAUUUGACAACUGUUAAUUUUAAUAUUAAUCGUAAUUCUUUGUUAUGA